GAGAAGAGCGGAUCCCAGCGGCCGGGCUCCUGUUUCCGCCGGGCCCCCAGCACGCGGGACCGACUUCCGGGGGCUUGUGGCGCGUGUGCCCGCGGCUUCCGGCGGGCUGUGGGUCUCCGCGGGCGAGAUGGGGAAAGUGCGCGGCUUGCGGGCUCGGGUGCACCAGGCUGCGGUGAGGCCCGCGGGGGAGGCCGCGCCCGGCCCCGCGCCCCCCGCCCGGGAGGCGGCCCCUCCGCAGGCCCCGGCCGGCGGCGUCGGGGCGAAGGAGUGGGCAGUCGUGGGCGCCGGUGUCUUUGCCGGGACCACCAUCGACCCCAGCGCCCUGGUGCAGAGGCUGGACCUGGACGCGAGGAGUGUCGCCUCCAUCAGGAGAGGUGCUGAGGCCAAGGCUGUUCUGCCCAAGAAGGAGAAGCUGAAGCUGAGGCGCGAGAGGUGGCUGCAGAAGAUCGAAGCCAUAAAGCUGGCGGAGCAGAAGCGCCAGGCGGAGCGGAGGCGGAGGGCCACGGCGGUGGUGGGGGACCUGCAGCCCCUGAGGGACGCCCUUCCCGAGCUGCUGGAGCUGGAGGCCGGCGCCCGGCGGCCGCCCGCCCGACGGGCGGCCAGUAAGCCCCGGCCAGCCGAGUUGAGCCGGAUGACUGCGGCCCAGAGGCUCCAGCUCCUGGAGGAGGAAAGGGCCCGGUUUCGGGAGCUGCUGGCCAGUCCGGCCUACAGAGCCAGCCCCCUGCUGGCCAUUGGGCAGCAGCUGGCCCAGCAGAUGCAGCUGGACGGCGGCCAGCUCUGACGGCCCCCGGGGCCCUGCGUGAGCUCCAAGGACGCAGAGGAGGUGCCCAGAGGGGCCCGACCCCACCAUAGUCGCCCGGAGCCACCAGCCCCUAAGCGAGAGAAGUGGUGACACAGCCGUGUUGUGACAACUCUUUUUCGGUUAAAAAAAAAGUGCCGGAAAAAUCCAGAAAGUCCCUGGAGCUAGCGCCAGUCCCCUGGGAGGUGGCCACUCCGCUGGCCGUCCUCGGGCUCUCCGGUGUGGUCUCCGUUCGACCACAGCGACCGCAGGUUCUGCGUCAAGAGGAAAACCUGGUUUCCGGCCCCCCAGUGACCCCGGGCUGCGCGUGGCUGGGCCGGGCGCGGCCACCUCCUCACGGCGCUUCCGACAGGGACUCCAGCCUCUGCCCCACGCCAGGGCCGUCCCGCGCCCUGCCUGGGCCGGGACCCGGGGCACAGAGGCUGGAGGGGGGCAGGGGAGGUGAGGGGCGGGCCAGGCGCUGCCGUCGGCCGUGCAGCCUCAGACCUCGCCCUGGAAAGUGGCCUGAGAAGCUGCCGAUGUGCAGGGACCCCCAGAGACCCUCCCCCAGCAGAGCCCAGACCCCCAGAGAGGCAGCUGGGGGCAAAAGCAGGAGGGCAGAGGCGGGAGAGGACCCCCCCACCUGGGAGCCCCGGCUGCGGUCUGGUGGGGGGCUUCGGUGUCUGCAUAUCUGUCUUCUGAUCUUUGUGGACUAGUCUUGGACUCUUUGUAAUAAAUUUGAGGACAGAGUUAAACCGG